AGAGAGAGAGAGAGAGAGAGAGGUGGAUUGGGUAAUAAACGCUUUUGACAGUCACUGAAAAAGUGACGAAAGUUGCAAGUAGCAAAGAUCAUGGAGCCACAAGAGAUCAGAGAGGGAUACUUGGUGAAAAAGGGUACAGUGCUAAACUCCUGGAAGGCAGUGUGGGUGGUGCUGUCAGAAGAUGGGGUGGAGUUCUACAAAAAGAAAACAGACCGUUCUCCGAAAGGAAUGAUCCCUCUAAAGGGAGCCAUGCUCAGCAGUCCUUGCCAGGAUUUUGGCAAGAGAAUGCUGGUUUUCAAGAUUACCACGGACAGGAAGCAGGAUCACUUCUUCCAAGCCUCACAUGUGGAGGAGAGAGAGUUCUGGGUCAAGGACAUCAAGAGAGCGAUUACCUGCCUAGAGGGGGGAAAAAAGUUUGCCAGAAAGUCCACAAGACGCUCCAUUCGCCUGCCUGACAAAGUCAACCUGACAGAACUGUACACACUGAUGAAAGACCAAGACGAUGGAGUAAAAGAGUUAAAGCUAGAGCAGGAGAACCGAGUCUUCAACCACUGCUUCACCGGUGCAAUAGUGGUAGAGUGGCUGAUUUCGAAGGAGAAAGCGAGAAAUAGACAUGAGGCCCUCAUGCUAGCCACAGGGCUCCUGAAUGAGGGUUUUCUCCAGCCUGCUGGUGACCUGUCAAAGGAGAGAGCAGAGAGUGGAGAGCAAACAGCCUUCUUAGAUGAGACAGUUGCUCUUUAUUACUUUGCAGACAGUGGGUUCUUCUGCGAAGGCUACUCCAGUGAUGAAGAUGUGCUUCUGAAGGAAGAAUUCAGAGGAAACGUCAUAAAACAGGGCUGUUUACUGAAACAGGGACAUAAGAGAAAAAACUGGAAGGUGCGGAAAUUCGUACUGAGAGACGACCCUGCUUAUAUGCAUUAUUAUGACCCUACAAAGGGUGAUGAUCCCCUGGGCUCGAUCCAUCUCCGUGGGUCUGUAGUUACAGCUGUGGAGUUUGUGCCUGAUGCCAAAAAGUAUGACAUCGAGGACAACCUCUUUGAGAUCAUCACCUCAGAUGAGACUCACUACUUCCUCCAAGGUGCUACGGCGGAAGAAAGAAAGGAGUGGAUCAAAGCAAUACAGGCAGCUUCAAAAGGCGGAAAAUAACAGGAGCAGUGGGGCAACCAAAGUUGAACCUAUUCAUUGUAAAAAUGCUACGUUUGAAAUGUCUCUAAUUACAUCAAAGUGUGUCAGCAAAGUUUUCAUGUGUCAGCAAAAUUAAAAUAGUGCUGUGUCAUUCCAUAGUAAUUGGCAAGUUUCAAUGCUGUAUACACUAUCAAACUCAUUCCAUGAUUUUUUUGUGCAUGUAUCUAAUAAAAAAUAAAUAAAAGUUACAACA